AGCACGACAGCAGCUCUCAGCCCCCGACACCGCCCUGCCCUGCCCAGAUCUGCCCUGUGGAAGCCAUGUACAGCGGUAUCUGCAUCUGUGUGUUCCUUGCUGCACUCGCAAUGAUCUCCUUUGGACAGCAGUCUACAGGCUUUCACAAUGCGAAUCCUGUGGCCCCUGAGCUGGAGCAGAGCUUGACAGAACAUCACCGACAUGUUCGUACUCCUUCGUCUGCCAGCCAGCUGAGAUCUGUCCAACGGGUGGAUGGAAAUGUUGACCAAAGAGCCAACAUUGGAGCUUUGUUGACCAAAUAUCUCCAGCAAGCCAGAAAAGGCCCUACUGGAAGGAUCUCAAUUAUGGGAAACAGGGUACAGAGCAUUGACCCAACACACAGGAUAAACGACAGAGACUACAUGGGCUGGAUGGAUUUUGGACGCCGCAGUGCUGAAGAGUAUGAGUACUCCUCCUAAAGAAAUCAAAAUAUCACCCCAAAAAAAAUCACA